UCUCUUCUAGCGCUCAUCCUAACGACUGCAAUCAUUAGCAACGAUGGCCAGUUCCUGUCCGGGCCCCGUUACAGUUUGGACAACAUGCCCAAAACCAGUUUCACCUGCCGCGACAAAAUCCUGGGCGGUUACUACGCCGACUCGGAGACUCAGUGUCAGAUGUUCCACGUGUGCGUCAAAGUGUCCGGAAUUGGUGUGCAAGACUUCAGAUUCCUUUGCCCCAAUGGUACGGCUUUCGAUCAGGAAGCUCAAAUAUGUGCCGAUUGGGGCGAUGUCGACUGUGAAGCAGCCACGCUCUAUUACGGCAGCGAUAACUUCGACCUCUACCGACUUGGAUCCGGUUUCGAGAGCAAGCGGGCGCCGUUCGCCGAAGAGGAGGAGGCCACCUUCCACCUGCAGAGGGCCGAAACUAAUGACGCUAGGCGCAGCAAACAGUACAUUGUGAAUCAAAGCUCAAAGCCUCAGCAGCCCCCUGCAAUUGCACAGAACCCCAAUCAAAUCCCUUCGGUUCAUAGGCCCCAGCACCAUCGGCAACCGGUGGUCCAUACGACUACGACCACCACCACCACCACCACGACAACCACUCCUCAACCGUUCUCAACGACGACUGAUUACUACAACAAGGCCAACAAUCAGUACCAGAAACAACAAAUCCAGCAAAAGCAUCUGCAGCACAAACAGCAACAGCUAAUCUACAACCAGCAGCAGCAGAUUCAACAGCAGCAGUACCGACAACUAACUGCUCAAGCGGCUACGGCCACGCCUGCCGAUCUACGUCGACAUGAGGAAAUUCGCUCCACGACUCCAACCAGCUUUGUGCACAACCAGCGUCCUCAACAGCAACCACAGCCGCAGCUGCAGCAGAACAAUCAUCAGCAGCAACAGCAGAAGAAUCAUCAGCAGCAGCAAAAGAAUAAUCAGCAGCAGCAGAAUCAACAGCAGCAACAGAAUCAUCUACAGCAGCAGAAUUAUCAUCAACAGCAACAGAACCAUCAGCAGCAAACGCAUCAGCAGCAGCGCAACGAUUACAAUAAUGAUGAAAUCUUCCGUGGAUCGCACAGUUCCCACUUCUUCAACAAUCGUAACAACGGCAAGGAAGAUUUCGAAGACGACUACGUUCGCAAGCCCGCACAAACCAGCACUGCUGCACCGGUAACAACUUCAACGACAGCUGCCAGAACUCAAUCGCGUGGACGUAAUCGUGGCAGAGGAAGCGUUCGUGCCCACAACCUCAACAUCGUACGUAAUGAGGUCAAACCAACUCCAACCAGGCAACAGACACGCCUACAGGCAACCACCCCAGAGGACUUCGUAGAUGUACCAAAGAUUCCGAACUUCAACCGUGGAACGAACAACAAUUUCCGCCAGCAACCGACAACCAUCCUGCAACCUCAGAACAAUACUCAGGUCAACUUCAGAGAACCACCAGCAUCCACGCCGGCACCAUUCUCCCGUGGACAACGACCCACUCAGAACUCCGCCAAUAACCGCAACAGUAACGGUUUCUUCCAACAGCAGCAAGUCAACACCACGCCUGCCCGUACUCCACUCAUUCAGCAGUACCAAACUACUCCAGCGUACUCACAACAGCAACAACAACAACAACAACGAGUACCAUCUAGCACACCUGCUCCUUCCAACUUCCGAGUCGUAGCAUCAACACCUGCUAGCCGCAUUAACGAACAAAUUGGAAAUUUCAACAACCAACCGCAGUUCUUCCAAGGAAAUUACCAAAACCCUUCUACUUCAACUCCUCUCCCCAAUAUCAACUUCCAGUACUACAAUCGCAAUCCAAACAAUGAUUUACGCACAUCCACUACCACAACCACCACCACCUCAACUACCACAGCGGCACCUCCACAGCAGAACUUCAACGCGCGAAUUACCCAAGCUCCACAAUUUUUCAAUACUGGUUUUGAACACAAAGCCACCGAACGCACAGUCACCGAACAGUUCACUACAACUCAGGAACCACAACGCACCCGUGCUCAAGCUCGCAUUUUCAACGUAGAUCCCGGUCGUCUCAGUCAGUUCAACUAUAACGAAUACCAAGGAAGUCGUACAAGUACCACAACUAGCACAACCGCGUCUCCCAGCACUCCUUCAGCAUUCGACACUAUCAAACCAUCCACCUAUAAUCCACUAAGUUAUCGUCCACAACCUCAGCAACACAUCCGCCAUCACCCCCAAUCCCUCCAACAGAAUCCCUUUGAUCCCCGAACAACGGCUGCAACGCCUGUAUCAACUACCACAACACAGCGACCAACGGUCACCAACGAACGCUAUCAAACCAUUUCCCGUAGCAAUAGUGAUAACUACACGCCCUCGUCCAUCAAGAAAUUCUCGACCCUUGUCCCGAAGGACCAAUACAACCCCACGACGUUCAAACCUAACGCCCUCAGCAAGAAAGCACUUCUUCAAUUUGCCAUUCAAAAGCCCGAAAAACCCCAAGAAAAGUUUAACCCGGCUCCAUCCCGUAGUACCAUCUAUGUCCCAACUGUCCCACCUGUAACGUCCACAACAACCUUCACCCCUAGCACCACCACAACCACCAGUACAACCUACGCUCCUCCCAUACAACGAAAACAGCAAAUCAACUACUUCCAACAACCUCAGCAACGCCCAGUUCCUAGUACCACAACCACUCCCUCCACCACAACCACCGACAUCGACGAAGACGACGGCCAGUAUCAUCCGGAGCUCUACGAGAAGGACUUCUACCGAAACCGCGUCAAGGCAAAGUUCAACCAGGAACGCAAACAAUCCCACGAUCCGCUAACCUCUUCCCGAAACAACUUCUUCCAGCAGUCGACACCCGUGUCCCAGUCCCUGUCCUCCAGCGACGAGGACGAAAUCUUCCGAACGGCCCAUUCCCAGAACAUCGCCGCCAGCGGUAACGACCUCAUCCUUGAGCGAGCUCGCCAAGCCGCCGCCAAGAUUAACGAAUUCCUUUCAUCAUCCUCGGCGAAACCGACCGUCCCGGCCGCCCCUCCAACCAAGAAAUCAUCCCAACAUGCGCUCAACUCCGCCAGCAGUAGCAGCCGAGUUAGCCCGAGGCCGUUCUCCAAGGCUCCUACGAUUCCACCGAACGCUACCAGCACCAAGAGACCGUCCGACGACAAGGACGAGUACGACUAUGCCUACUACGAUACCGGCAGCCCUGAUGUUCCCGAGUACGACAUUAUCGAAGAUUUUGGCCGAACGUCCCGGAAGACGUCGUCGCCAAAGAAGGCCAACUAAACGAAUCCAUGCGCUGAACCUCGAGAGUGUUGAGUGCUGCGCAAAUGUAUAGAUUUUAAACUAAUUUAAACAAAUUUCUUUUAUGUUCUCGGUUGAAAGUUUAGAACGCGAAGGAAAAAAACAAAACGAAAGCGACGGGAAAUGCGAUUUCCUUGUCCUGGCGAGAGCGUGAGAUGCGAUUCGCGUGCGCCCCUGAGUUGCAAAACAGAAGAAACACUGCCAUUAUUGUGAUUAUCAUUUUGUUGAUUUUUUUUUUCUCGGUAUCCUGUGUCUGACAUUUGUCCGAAGACACAAAAACCAUUUGGGUUAUGGUUGGAGUAAUCGUCCAAUCGUUUUCUUUGUUCACAAUAGUCUGCCGAACGAAGGAAGAGACUGGGCCGAAUUGGGCGGGCGAAACGAAGCCAGUAUUCAUCAGAUGAUAUUUUUAGCUAUUGUAGUUACCAUUUCUUCUACCAUCCGAACAAAAUUAGCUAUCAUCCGUCAGUCUAUAAUAGAAGAGCUUCAUUAAGUUAUUACGUUUAGACAGAACCUACUCUUGCUCUUGGUAGGCUAGUUUACACCAUUUCAAUCGAGAUGCACUGUACAAUUAUUACGUCUCAUUUCUCCAUCUGUCCAACUGAAAUCAAUCGAAAACAAUUGUAAAUAUAUA